GCGAGCGGCCCGCAGAGUCGGCGCCCGCCUGCCCCCGAGCUCGCCGUCCGCGCCGGCGCCGUCCUCGCGAAUAACGAAAGAUCCUGGGAAAGUUGGAGAAGAUAAAGUAUAUUCGGUAUCCAGAUCAGCAGAUCAAUAGAGCGGGAAAUGCACAAUUUUGAGGACGAGUUAACGUGUCCCAUUUGUUAUAGUAUCUUUGAAGAUCCUCGUGUACUGCCAUGCUCACAUACGUUUUGUAGAAACUGUUUGGAAAAUGUUCUUCAGGCUUCCGGUAACCUGUACAUAUGGAGACCUCUGAGAAUUCCACUCAAGUGUCCUAACUGUAGAAGUAUUAUUGAAAUUGCUUCAACUGGCAUAGAAUCCUUGCCUGUAAAUUUUGCAUUAAGGGCAAUUAUUGAAAAGUACCAGCAAGAAGACCACCCAGAUGUUGUCACCUGCCCUGAACAUUUCAGGCAACCAUUAAAUGUUUAUUGUCUAUUAGAUAAAAAAUUAGUUUGUGGCCAUUGUCUUACUAUAGGCCAACAUCAUGGCCAUCCUAUAGAUGACCUUCAGAGUGCCUAUCUGAAAGAAAAGGAUACACCUCAGAAAUUGUUUAAACAGUUAACCGACACACACUGGACAGAUAUUACACGUCUUAUUGAAAAGCUUGAAGAACAAAAAUGUCAUUCUGAGAAAAUGGUUCAAGGUGAUAAGGAAGUCGUUCUGCAGUAUUUUAAGGAGCUUACUGAUAUAUUAGAACAGAAAAAGAAAAUAUUUUUGGCAGCUCUCUGUGAUGUUGGCAAGAUGAUUAAUCAAGAAUACACUCCACAGAUUGAAAGAGUGAAAGAGAUAAGGGAACAACAACUUGAGUUACUGACAGAGACUACAUCUUUACAAGAUGAGUCUCCACUUAGAUUUCUUGAAAAAAUUGACGAUGUCCGCCAACGCGUGCAGAUGCUGAAAGAAAGACCACUUCCUGAGGUUCAGCCGGUUGAAAUUUAUCCCAGAGUAAGCAACGUAUUACAAGAAGAGUGGAGCAGAACAGAAAUUGGACAUAUUAAAAAAGCUGUCAUUCCUGAAAUGAAAAUUUCUUCAAAAAGGAUGCCAUGUUCCUGGCCUGAUAAGGAUGAAAAAGAAAUAGAAUUUUUUAAAAUUUUAAACAUUGUUAUAGUUUCACUAAUUUCAGUGAUAUUAAUGUUGAUACUCUUUUUCAACCAUUACAUAAUAACUUUCUUAAAUGAAAUCACUUCAUUAUGUUUCUCUGAAGUCUCUCUGUCUAUUUACCAAAGUUUAUCUAAGAAUUUAUAUGACUUUAAAAAUAUGGUAUGUUACACUUUGGAUCUGCUAAAGGAAUUCAUGUGGAAAAUAGUUUCUCGUUGAAAACCUCAAUCAACAGUUUUAAGUGGUCUUAUUCUGUACAGCAGAGGCUAACCAUUCCUAGAUGGAAAAGUCAGGGUAGUAGCAACUAUAGUUACAAUGAAUAUAUAGAAAUAUGACAAACUUUCCAUGGUUGGGUAGAAAUGCUGUAAGAAAUGAGACAUUAUCUGAAAGAGAAUUCAAAUCAUUAGAAAAUUUUAAAUUUUGGUUCAAAUAUUAAUACCUUGUUUUUUAUUGGCUUGAUAGUGUUUUAAAUAUUCUGUUUAACAAGGACUUUUUGUUACAUGCUACAGUGGUUAACUUUGCAGUUCUAUGUAUAUGUAGAUCUUAAAAAAAAAAAAUAAAAAGACAAGAUCCUUGGGGUCCACAUGGCUAUUUUGAUGUGAUUUGAAGCUUUUCAAUAUAUAGAUGGAGGUGGUAAAGGUAGUUUUAAAUGUCUGGGCCAGGAUUGCUCAAGUCUUUUUUUGGUCAAAUCUGAAUGAGCAUUCAUCCCCAAUAGCACUACUACUUUUGGAUAAAUUAGGUGUCUAGUACGCUGAGUUUAAUGGCUGAAGGUCACUGUCAGCCUGGAUAUAGUGAGGUCUCAAAACCAACCAACCAAAAAGGCCUGGUUCCAGAGCCCCUGCCUGGUCUCCUGGCUCCAGCAUCACAAAGCAAAACAAGUAUGUAUUUUUGAUUUUGUAAAGUUUUAGUCUUGUUCGCAGAUAAAAACUAUGAGACAUGAACAUUAGGACAAUCGUGUUGAUGUGAGUCACUUGAUAUCAUGUGACCUAUAUUUGUCUUAAAAUAUAGCCUAAGUGCUGAAAUUACAAGUAUGAGACACUAUAAAGAGCUCAUUAAGUCAGAACCAUUAAUUUUGCUCCCUUAACAGGGACUAGCAACAGUGUUUGCAGUAGAACUUUGGUUCACUACCAUUGAAAACUUGAACACAAACUGAUUUGUUUUCCAGAAACUCCAAAUGGGUUAGAAUCACCACCUCUGGGACCUCAUUUCAAAGAUCUGAUUAGGGAAUACUAUUACACUUAUUGAUUCCCUAUAGAUAAAAGCUGUGUUCAAGGUGAAGUUUUAUCACUGUCAUCAGGUCCACUUAGCAGCAUCAAGAUUUUAUCCAGCACCACUACUAAUAGAGGUGAAAGAAAAUGAAGUUCAGUUCUUAACAGAUACAUACAUCAUGAGCACUAUUUUUCGGUAUAAAUAUUAGCAAAUAAUGUUAGCUAAGACAUUUUUCAAGGGGUUAAAAACUUUGUGUAGAUGAGGAAACAAAACAAUGAAGUGCCAUAUUAGCAGGUGGAAGAACUCAUUCUUUGUAUAUUAUGCUUAUAAUUUCAGCCUAAAGCACAUGAGUAUUACCUUAUAGGCUUGACAAUUUUUAGUACACAAACCACCUUUUACGUUGUCUGGAAAGAGUAAUUAAGUAUUGCUUUAUAUUUUUACCAGGAGGUUGAGAUUAUGCAAUUUAAAGUACAUGUUUGGGAAUUCUGGGUUUUAUGUGUAACAAUAUAUUUUAAUAAACUUGAUGUUUUAUUGAA